AUGUUGCUGAUAUCCAAGAUAUGUUGUUUAAAGUGUGCACUUAUUAUUCAGGUGCAGUUUUUCCGAGCCUGGCAGAGGUACACAGUCUCCUGCAGGGAACACAGAAACAGGAAGGAAACACUAGCACAUGCGUCAGAGAUGUUUUGUAGACAUAGACUGCUGUCUAGUCUCUUGACUGUAUGGAGGGCUAGAGCUUCCCACAGCUCCAAGAUGAAGCAAGCUAGUUCCCUCUAUCACCUUCGUGGGCUCAGGAAAGGCUUUCAGGCACUCAGGUGGUCAGUCAGACAAUCCAAGAACCUGACCAGCACACUAGAGGUUAGGGUUCAGGCUAUAUUGAUCAAGGCCAGCUUUCAGAAGUGGAAAACUGGAGCAGAAAGACGGCGACAAGAAAAUUUAAGAAAAGUUUUCAACAUGUGGAGAUGUUUUGUUUCAGAAACUCACAAAAUUCGUCAUAUGACUGAAAUAAUCUGUGAAAAUGUCAAGACUGAUGUCCUGAGAUGUUGGAAGAAAAUUUUCAACAAACGAGUGAAGAAAAAUCUGGCAUACAACCAGGUCAGAACCACUUUACUGCGACAUACAUUUGCUUCCUGGCGAGCUCAUUAUUCGCAGCAAAAGGAGAAGAGGGACAAGUACUCAUUGGCU